AAUGCCUCCGCUCGCUGCCGCCUUCCUGCUCGCGCGCCUGUUACAGCCUGCGGCCGGGUGGCUCUACGCGGAAAGUGUCUCCGAUCCUGCCAACGCGCAGAACGUGACGUGCAGCCUGCACAACGAAUUCCUCUGCAGCGACUCUCCUUUCGCCGAGCGACCGUGCGAGCAGUUUGGAAGCACAAACUGGACCCUGCCGAUCCUGUACAAGUACUUGGAGGCCGCGAUCGCGGUCGAGUUCUUCACGAUCCCCUUGUACCUAACGGCUGGGUACUCUCUGCACGAGACGCAGCAGGUCAUCGUGAAGGUUCAAGCCAAGGGUGCGUACCUUAACUCGACGAGCAACACGCGUGUCAACAUCACCAACGCCUUCACGCCCUACGAACUCAUCCACGCCACCUUCAUCGACGAGAUGUUCCACCUGAAUUGGAUCUUGAACGUGGCGAGCGCCGCCGGCCUAGGCGAAUCAUCUGGUCCGAGUCGGGCGUGAGUGCGGUGCCGAACUCAUACUUCGCGUAGUACUCGUCCUUCUUCCGCCUGAACGUCACCUCCAUCCGGCUCAGCGCCUCGAAAUCGCCCUCCAUCCGCACUGCGCCCGCCUCGCCCUCCCCCGCGACCUCGUCCAUGGUGAUGAAGAGGUCGCCCAUCUGCAGCGGCGGCAGCUCGUGCCAGGGGCUGUCGGCGUCCGCCAGGUCGUUCGCGUCGUUCAUCGCCAUCCCGGGACGGCAGCCCGUGACCUUCGCCGUUCCCAAGUACGCACACACGACGUGAGCCACGUUUGCUUCAAACGGCUCCGCCAGCGACGCGUCCUGCAGCUGGUACUCGCCGACCUGGUACAGGUGCUGCUUCGCGCACGGGUGGAUCGUCGCCGCGCUCAGCUGCUCCACCGUCCGCUUGCUCGCCGCCGCGCUCGCCUGCGCGCUCGCCAGCCGCUGCUGGCGCGCGCUCUUCCCCGCCUCCUCCGCCCUCGAACAAGGACAUGACCUGGUCCCUCACCGACUUCCAGUACUGCCUCGCCUCCGACGUGCCGGCCGCUGGCAUCGCGGGCCACAGCUCGCACCAGAGGUGGUUCUUCAUGUGUUUGAGGGCGACCUCCACCGACUUCUCGCCGCG